GGUUUAGGGGGCGGGUGCCUGUCUGGUGGGUGGCAGAGUUCAGCUCCCUGGAGGGGAAGGAGGGACGUCCCAAGGAAGGGUCUUUGAGAAAGGGGUAGGGGACGACAUCAGGAGAAGGCUCCCAGGAACUGUCUCAGGGGAGCGAAGGUUUUGAGGGGACAGCUGGGGUCUCCAGUAGAUAGACCACGGUGCAGGCUGAGGGAGGUACUUCUUGGCACAAGGCCUCGGCCCUCAGCUUUGCCUUCUGAAGCCACUCCUCAGGGGCAGAGACCCUCCUCCUCCUCCAUCUCUUCUGUUCUCUGACCCCUGGUUACCUGUGGCCUGGGAGCGAACAAGGACCAGUCUCUGAGCCUAGGAGUGAAACCCAAACGCUGGUGAUAGAAUUCGUCUUAGUUUCUGGGAAUUGGAUUUAUUUCUCUCGUAUCCACGUAGAGGGUAGCACUAGACUGCUGUUAUUAUAUUCACCCGUCUUUGGAUUGCUGGUUGGGGGGUCUGCCUGCCUUCCAGACUGACUGCCGACAAAUAAUUCCUGAGGUUCUCCACAGUUCUCUGGUGGCUGCACCCUGCCUGGCCCCUGUAACCUAGACAAUUUGUUUACAGAAAGUUCAGGAGCCCUGGAAAGGAGAAGGAAUAAGACGGCAGGAGGAAGAGAGAGAGAGGGUAGAAUGGAAGAAUCUCACUUCAAUUCUAACCCGUACUUCUGGCCUUCUAUCCCCACAGUCUCAGGUCAGAUCGAGAACACAAUGUUCAUCAACAAGAUGAAGGACCAGCUGUUGCCAGAGAAGGGCUGUGGUCUGGCCCCACCUCACUACCCCACCUUGCUGACAGUGCCUGCCUCAGUGUCCCUGCCCUCAGGCAUCAGUAUGGACACAGAGUCCAAGUCAGACCAGCUGACCCCACACAGCCAAGCGUCCGUUACCCAGAAUAUCACGGUGGUCCCUGUGCCGUCUACAGGACUGAUGACUGCUGGAGUCUCCUGUUCUCAGAGGUGGAGAAGAGAAGGGAGUCAAUCAAGGGGUCCGGGUUUGGUAAUCACGUCCCCCUCAGGCUCUCUUGUGACCACAGCAUCAUCAGCUCAGACCUUCCCCAUUUCGGCUCCCAUGAUUGUCUCAGCUCUUCCCCCUGGCUCACAAGCCCUGCAGGUUGUCCCUGACCUCUCCAAGAAGGUAGCAUCGACCCUAACCGAGGAAGGAGGCGGAGGUGGUGGUGGAGGUGGCAGUGUGGCUCCUAAGCCACCCCGGGGCCGGAAGAAGAAGCGGAUGCUGGAAUCAGGGCUGCCCGAGAUGAAUGACCCUUAUGUCCUCUCCCCUGAGGAUGAUGAUGACCAUCAGAAAGACGGCAAGACCUACAGGAGCGAAGGGAACUGCGGCACAGGAAAUGGACAGAGCCUUGGGCUCAUGGAUUCAGUUCCCGGCUCCACCACGAAUUUGCUGUGUGACCCUGGGUGCCGGAUGUGCUCACUGACAUUCUACUCCAAGUCGGAGAUGCAGAUCCACUCCAAGUCACACACCGAGACCAAGCCCCACAAGUGCCCACAUUGCUCCAAGACCUUCGCCAACAGCUCCUACCUGGCCCAGCACAUCCGUAUACACUCAGGGGCUAAGCCCUACAGUUGUAACUUCUGUGAGAAAUCCUUCCGCCAGCUCUCCCACCUUCAGCAGCACACCCGGAUCCACUCCAAGAUGCACACGGAGACCAUCAAGCCCCACAAGUGCCCGCACUGCUCCAAGACCUUCGCCAACACCUCCUACCUGGCCCAGCACCUCCGUAUCCACUCGGGGGCCAAGCCCUACAACUGUUCCUACUGCCAGAAGGCCUUCCGCCAGCUCUCCCACCUCCAGCAGCACACACGAAUCCACACUGGUGAUAGACCAUACAAAUGUGCACACCCAGGCUGUGAGAAAGCCUUCACACAACUCUCCAAUCUGCAGUCCCACAGACGGCAACACAACAAAGAUAAACCCUUCAAGUGCCACAACUGUCAUCGGGCGUACACGGAUGCAGCCUCACUAGAGGUGCACCUGUCUACGCACACAGUGAAGCAUGCCAAGGUGUACACCUGCACUAUCUGCAGUCGGGCAUACACAUCAGAAACAUACCUUAUGAAACAUAUGCGCAAACACAACCCGCCUGAUCUUCAGCAACAAGUGCAGGCAGCAGCAGCGGCAGCAGCAGUGGCCCAGGCCCAGGCUCAAGCUCAAGCCCAGGCUCAGGCUCAGGCUCAAGCCCAGGCCCAGGCCCAGGCCUCCCAGGCAUCGCAGCAGCAGCAGCAGCAGCAGCAGCAGCAGCAGCAGCAACAGCCACCACCACACUUCCAGUCUCCUGGGGCAGCCCCCCAGGGUGGGGGUGGUGGGGACAGCAAUCCCAACCCUCCACCCCAGUGUUCCUUUGACCUGACCCCGUAUAAGACGGCGGAGCAUCAUAAGGACAUCUGCCUCACUGUCACCACCAGCACCAUCCAGGUGGAGCACCUGGCCAGCUCUUAGAGAUCCGUGCUGCCACCCACUGGGAAGAGGAAGUAGUCCUGGUGUCUUCUUUCUCCAACUCUUGGUGGGAAAAGUCCUUUUCUUCCUUGACAGGCCUUGGCUCCAUCUCCUUGGGCCUCAGUCACGGCUUUCCUUCACAGGAUACCAUCCUUUUUCUGAACUCUUCUUCAAAAGGAACAUCAGCCCUCCUGACUGCAAAGGAAUACUGAGCUGAUGGUGUCAUCCAGCAGCCUCCCCUCCCAAGCAAAGCUUUUAAAAUUGGGGGUUGGUGCUCAAGGGAAGGAUUUGCUAUGACCUCAUAGAAACUUGUGCAGUGUGGUCACUUACCCUAUCCUUACCCUCCUUAUCCUCAAAGUUUGGGCUGAUGUAAGACUAGAGGCUGGCCCUCCCAGAUAACAGAGAAAAGGGAGCCCCAAAUGCAACCAGCUUCUUGUUCUAUUCUUGCCUGCAAAAGAACAGAGGUUUCUCAAAUGCCUCAGUCCCUGAGAGCCAUUUCUUCCCCUACAUCGUCUCACUUUGCUUCCUAUUGACUGCUGGUAGAAGGAGAUUUGGGGUAGGGGCUACACCUCCUUUUAUUUGAAGGGGGCAAGGGCUGAGAUGUGGUCCCCAAGGGGCCAGAAAUUCCCAAGUUGGUCACAGGUGGCUUAGAAGUGUGGGUUAUGGUUUUACGGAUUUCCUUGAAGCCUCUCUCCUUCUCUGCCUACAAAGACCCUAUACUCUCAGUCUCCCCAACCCACCCCCAAGGAGCUGUGGGAGGCUUUGUGUUAUCUGUGAAACUCCAAAACAGGGGUGUUGUGGAGAAGGGAGAGUUCAAGGCAAACGCAAGGACUGGACUUAGCUCCCUAGGUGCCACAGUCAGAUGCCGGACACGGAUUUAUAUAUAAAUAUAUAUAUAUAAAUAUAUUAUACCCACUCAUCACGGCCAUCUUUGUUGUAACCAUUUCUGUGUUUAUAAAUGCAUUAUCUCUGAGAA